AUGUCAUCUUCGAACAAUUCAAACACCAAGAUGAAGGGCGAAGUAGAAGCUAUCGGGGCGCAUUGCCAAAUGGAGUAUUGCAAUGUCCUCGACUUUCUGCCAUUUCCCUGUGAAAGUUGUAAAGGGACAUUCUGUCUCGACCAUCGUACCGAGAGCGCACAUAAAUGCCCAAAGCAGGGCCAGUGGGCACGGAGCAAAGUUGAGAGCAGCUCGGAAGAGCCGGCGCCAAAGCCCACACUACUCACGCACGAACAACAGUGUGCAAGUGUCUCCUGCAAAACGCUCAUCGAUACCGCUCGUACCCAAGGUGUACAGUGCACCCGCUGCAAUCGCCGCUACUGUCUCAAGCACCGUUUCGAAGAAGACCACGACUGCAAGAAUUUGACACCACUCGGCGCACGCCCACAAAACUCGGUUCAAGUACGCACGCAAACCGCGCUCUCAAAGCUCAAAGCUUGGGCGGAGAACAAGAAGAAGGAAGACGAGAAGCGGAGAGCCGCGCCCAAGAAAUCCGGAUUCCUGGGUCUAGGCAAGGCAUCGGCGGCAUCAUCAGCCCAAGCCGAACUUAACGCGCUGAAGCGCACAGCAAAAGGCGAGGCCAGUAUUCCUCAGGAGAAACGGAUAUAUCUGCAUGUCGAAGCCUCGGCCGAUACGACGAAAGCGAAGUACCCAACUGGCAAAUUCUUCUACAACAAGGAGUGGACAGUUGGUCGCGUGCUCGACAUAGCCGCCAAAGCGCUGCAAGUCCAGAAUGUAAACAACCGGGGUGGCGGCGAGGAAGAAAAGCUGCGCGUCUUUCACGUCGAGGGCGGGAGGUUACUCAAGUUUAACGAGAAGCUCGGGGAAGUGUGCCAGAGCGGGAACAUGAUUGUCCUACUGCGUGGCGUAGGGUCGGGCGAGGCACCAGAUCUGAUUGAUUUAUAA